CAUAGGAAGGCUGGGUUCCCCUUCUUCUGAACGUCCUUCCUGUCUCCUGCUGUCAGGAACCUUGUAACGUCCAACCUGCCAGGGACCCGAGGUGGCAAUUCUCGUCAUCAGUAGGGGGUACAAACCUCAGGAUGUACCAGUGGGACUAGAAGCCAGAACCAGAAACUCAAACAGAUUCCCCUCCCUAUCAUGGGAGCUCCAGUGCAUUAUCUGUUGGCUGGCCUGUGUGUGGGGAUCAUCUUGGGCUGGGUAGGGGGCUCAGUCCCCUACCUAGGCCCUGCUGAGCAGGAGCAGAACCAUUACCUGGCCCAGCUGUUUGGCCUGUAUGGCGAGAAUGGGACACUGACUGCAGGAGGCCUGGCCCGUCUUCUCCACAACCUAGGUCUGGGCAGAGUCCAGGGGCUUCGACUGGGACACCAUGGGCCCCAGACAGGGAGGGUUGUACCCUCAGCAGGAGACAAUUUGACACACAGGCUCCAGGACCCAGAGCUGAGUGUGGAUGUCUGGGCAGAGAUGCCUCUGAGUCCCUCAGGCUGGGAUGACCUGGAGGAGUCAAAGGCCUCCCACAAUGGACCUGCAGCACCUUCGGGCUUGGACCUCUUUCACAGGCUGCUGCUGUUGGACCAUUCAUUAGCUGACCAUCUGAAUGAGGAUUGUCUAAAUGGCUCCCAGCUGCUGGUCAAUUUUGGCCUGAGCCCUGCUGCUCCUCUGACCCCUCGCCAGUUUGCUCUGCUGUGCCCAGCCCUGCUUUACCAGAUUGACAGUCGUGUCUGUGUCAAAGCUCCAGCCCCGGCUCCUCCAGGAGAUCUACUGUCUGCCCUGCUUCAUAGUUCCCUGGCAGUCCUGCUGCUCAGCCUUCCUGCUCCCCUCUCCCUGCUGCUGCUGAGGCUCCUGGGACCUCGUCUAUUUCGGCCUUUGUUGGGCUUCCUGGGAGCCCUGGCUGUGGGCACUCUUUGUGGGGAUGCGCUGCUACACCUACUGCCACAUGCACAAAGAGGGCAGCACACAGGACCUAAUGGGAGACCAGAGGAGGACCUGGGUCCAGGGCUGUCGGUGCUUGGAGGCCUUUUCCUGCUCUUUGUGUUAGAGAAUGUGCUAGGGCUGUUGCGGCGUAGAGGGCUCAGACCAAGAUACUGCAGGCGCAAACGGAAUCUUGGAACACCAAAUCUGGACCCCGAAGAUGGCAGUGGGACGGCCCUGCGGCCCCUGCAGGCGGCUCCAGAGCCAGAGGCUCAGGGCCAGAGGGAACACAACAGCCAGUCUCCACCAGCUCCAGCCUCUGCUGGACACCAAGGCCACAGUCAUGGGCAGCAGGGUGGUGGUGGUGCCAGUAUCACGUGGAUGGUCCUUCUGGGUGAUGGCCUGCAUAACCUCACUGAUGGGCUGGCCAUAGGUGCAGCCUUCUCUGAUGGCUUCUCCAGUGGCCUCAGCACCACUCUAGCUGUCUUCUGCCAUGAGCUGCCCCAUGAACUGGGUGACUUUGCAAUGCUGCUGCAGGCAGGGCUGUCCUUCCAGAGGCUGCUGCUGCUGAGCCUUGUGUCUGGAGCCCUGGGACUGGGAGGUGCAGCUCUGGGGGUGGGGCUCAGUUUGGGCCCUGUCCCUCUCACCCCCUGGGUGUUUGGGGUCACGGCUGGGGUCUUCCUCUAUGUGGCCCUCGUGGACAUGCUACCAGCCCUACUUCGUCCUCCUGAGCCCCUACCCAUGCUCCAUGUGCUGCUGCAGGGGCUGGGGCUGCUGCUAGGGGGCAGCCUCAUGAUCACCAUAGCCCUGCUGGAGGAGCAGUUAUUGCCCCUGGCCUCUGAUGGCUGACAGGGGCCAGUGGCAAGGGAUCCAGGUUGCCCUUCCUUCCCCCCAACCACAGGAAUGGAGGCGGGACACAGGGCCAGUAGGAGCAAUAGGAUUUUAAUAAACAGAACCCAUCCCCAAA